AUGCCAAGCGGCAAGAUGGUAGCUGGAUCAGAGCGGGAGUUUUAUCAUCAUAUAUACAAGUUCUCUGGAGGAAUGAACUUCUUGUUACUUCAGCUGUCAAUUGCCCUUCUUCUGAUUCCCUCUUUAAGUACCGAACAAAAUUCGACUGAUGGCAUAAUGAGUUUUCAAGUUGGUGUAGUUCUUGAUUUAAAGUCACCAGUAGGGCGUAUAGGCCAGAGCUGCUUGUCCAUGGCUCUUUCUGAUUUUUAUUCAGUACACACCAACUAUACAACUAAGCUGGUUCUCCAUCUGAGGGACUCGAAUGACAGCGUUAUUGAUGCUGCUGCUGCUGCUCUUGAUUUGCUGAGAGAUGUUGAGGUGGAUGCUAUUAUUGGACCUCAAAAAGCUACACAGGUCAACUUUGUGAUGGAUAUCGGAGAUAUAGCUCAUGUACCAAUUAUUUCGUUCUCUGCAACAAGCCCUUUUCUCAUCCCACGAACUCCUUAUUUUGUUCAGACAGCGCAAAGUGACGCUGAUCAGGUUGAGGCCAUUGCUUCCAUUGUUAAAGCUUUCCAGUGGAGCCAGGUUGCCAUUAUUUAUGAAGAUACAGAAUAUGGUACUGGCAUUAUCCCCUAUCUGUCCAACUCGUUACAAGAUGUCAGUGCUCGAGUUUUGUAUAGAAGUGCUUUGCCAAAAUCAGCCAGUAGUGAUCUUUUAAGCAAAGAACUAUAUAAAAUGAUGACCAUGCAGACAAGAGUCUUUGUGGUGCACAUGCCACUGCUUCUUGGUUCUAGGCUCUUUCUAAAAUCAAAGGAGCUAGGAAUGAUGAAUCAUGGCUAUGCCUGGAUUGUUACCAGUGGCUUGACAGAUCUAUUCAGUUUGAUGGAUUUAGACGUUGUCGAAGCUAUGCAAGGUGUUUUGGGUGUAAAACAUCAAAUCCCAAAAUCUAAAGAGCUCGACUCUUUCACUAAUAGAUGGAAAAGGAUGUUUAAUCAGCUUUAUGAAGACAUCAAACCGACAGAAGUAAGUAUUUAUGGCCUUUGGGCAUACGAUACCCUAUGGGCCCUUGCUAUGGCAGCAGAAAGAGUUGGAUAUAAGCAGCUGAAUGGAAUAAAGAAUGCUUCUGGUUUCAAUUCAGCUGUCUCAUUUCCUCUAGGGAUUUCUGAAAGCGGUCCUGAACUUCUCAAAGAAAUUUUAGAAACAAGGUUUCGAGGGCUCGCUGGAGACUUUUAUCUUCGUAAUGGACAUCUGGAGCGAAAAUCGUAUCAAAUAGUUAAUAUUGUUGGGAAAGCUGAAAGAGUGGUAGGAAUUUGGACACCGUCCCACGGAAUUUCCAAGGAAUUCAAUCUGAAUGUGAACAAUUCUUACUCAACCUUAAAGGAAAAUUUCAAGAGUAUCAUUUGGCCAGGGGACUCAGUAACAGCACCAAAGGGAUGGGAAUCUCCAGUUAGUGGUAAAAAGCUAAGAGUUGGAGUGCCAGAAAAAUCUGGUUUUAAUGAAUUCCUGAAAGUGGAAAAGGAUCCUCAAACUAAUGCUACAAAAGUCAGUGGAUACUUUAAAGAGGUGUUCGAUUCUGUCAUGGCAGCGUUACCAUAUGCUGUGCCAUAUGAAUACGUUCUUUAUCCCUUUGAAAACUCUGACGGUUCAAGCGCUGGAAGUUACAAUGAUCUCAUACAUAAAGUUUCUCAGCAGGAGAAAUAUGAUGCUGCUCUGGGAGAUAUAACAAUUACUGCUAACCGAUCAAUUUAUGUGGACUUUACUUUGCCAUAUGCAGAAGGAGGAAUUACUAGUAUUGUGCCAAUUACAUAUGAGGAUGCAAAUGAUAAGUGGACGUUUUUAGAGCCUCUGAAUAAAGAGCUGUGGCUAAUAUCAGCUAUGUUUUAUAUCUUUACUGGUCUGGCACUGUGGAUACUUGGAAAAAGGAUUGACACCAGUUCCCGGGGUUCUGCCGGUCAACAUGCUGGCAUGAUUUGUUAUUUUCCCUUCUUUCCUGGUCAAGGAAUUGAAGGCGCUUUAAUAUGUCUUAUUUUAGUGGGAUGGGCAUUUGUUGCAAGUUUGCUAACCUCGACCUAUACUGCUAGCUUAUCAUCGAGGUUAACUUUUCAAAGGCUUCAACCAGCUGUCACAGAUAUGAAGGAACUUAUUAGGAGUGGAGAUUAUGUUGGGUGUCAACAAGGAUCCUUUCUUGUUGAUUUCUUGAAUGGUUUAGGAUUUGAAGAAUCAAAAAUCAGGACAUAUAAGUCUGCUCAUGAUUGUGACGAAGCUUUAUCAAUGGGAAGUAGUAAUGGAGGUAUAUCAGCCUAUUUUGAUGUUAUGCCUCACAUCAGCGCUUUAUUAUUUGAAUUCUGCAAGAAAUACAAGAUACUUGGCCCUACCUAUCGUACAGAUGGAUUUGCUUUCGCUUUUCCUAAAAGCUCGCCCAUAGUUGCUGAUGUCUCCCGCGCCAUAAUUGAAUUGACAGAAAAUGGUAGAAUAUUCGAGAUUUCUCAGCUGAAGUCUAGUAAUCCAACAUGCGUAGGACCAGAUAAUUCUAUCACCCCAAGCAGUGUUACAUUGCGAAGCUUUCAAGUUCUCUUUGCCAUCACAGGGUGCGUUACAGUGUCAUGCCUCCUUGUUUCCUUGCUUAUGUACCUAUAUCAGAACCCCAGUUUUCUUCAACGAAUCUCGGAUUUUAAUGUGAAAAUCUGGUCAAGAAUUCACACAUUAUGCAUAUACUUCAAACGAAUCGACCUCUCUUCUCGUUCCAAGGCUGGAGAUGCUGAAAAAAACAUUCCUAUUGAUGCCUCCUUGGCCAUUGCUCUGAACUCUAGAUUUCAAACAUCUGCUGACAGACUUGACUUUGGUGCUGCCGGUGCUCUCCUUGGUCGUCUCUGCAGCAUUCAGUAG